GCAUAUUUGUCAUCCUGUUUACUCAGUUCACUUGGUUUUAUAACAAAUUGAUUCACAGUCUUACACCAAGUUGAUUUCGAAACGUAUUAUUAUUCCCUGAAAAUUAUUUAUUUUUCUCGAUAAAUACCUGAACAACCUCAGAAAAGUUUAAAAUAACUUGUCCUCUGUCUAAUUAUCAGUCAUUACUAAUACACGUAAAAACUAAUAAGAAUCAGAGACAAUGGUGUCCGCCGCAAAAAUAAUUUACCUGGUUGCCGUAAUCACAGCAGUUGUAUGUGCUGUUAUAACAAUAGUAAUCAGCCCUUUUCUAAAACAUAAUGGUUUGGCAACCAAUCAACAAAAAGUUAGCUUGGCAUUCAUUAUCAUUGGAACGAUCUUUCUUGUAAUAGCAGCAAUUCUUGUGAUCGUGACAUUUGUCAGAAUUGAUUCACUACUCUUCAUGAUUGUUAUUGUUAUACUUUUGGCUUUAGCAAGUAAGUUUCUUAGAUAUACUGCUUAAGUAUUGACUUUAAGUUAACUAACCAUUUCCUAAUAUUAAAUUAAUAACCUGUAAAGACAGUCAGUCAUAUUCUUAUGAAACUAACAUGAUCACAGUCAAACAAAAUUAAAAAUUAUGCGUUACUAUGUUCUGAAUAUUCCACUGGUCCUGAACUACCCCUUCUCUGCUUUCCCAUAUUCUUCUUAGUUAUGGCAAUAUUUCAUGGAUGUAUUUCUUUAUACGUAGCGAGAAAUAGUGUGGGAAAAAACUGAGUGACAAUAAUAUGAAUCAGUUUUAUUAUUUUAUUGGUUCUGAUCAGCUGUGUACUAUCAACAAUAUCUAAAACAACGAAUAACAGUGAUCUUUUAAAGUAUUUUAUUUCACUGAACAGAAAACAGCCAAUGGUUAAGACGAAGUAGAACAACGACUUAGUGAAGUCAGGAAACCGUGAGAGAUAAAAUGAAUUUGGAAUGUCAUACCUCAUUAGAACGAAAGCUCCACUAAUAAAUAAAUGGGAUUAGUAGCACGAAAUUUGUGAGAAAUGGAAACAAAGACUGAGUAAGUCAGUGAGUAGAUAAAUUAGUUAUGGUCACAAAACAAAAUCCAAUGAAAUUUAGUGAGUAGAACUCAGUAGAGAAAAGGACUCAGACGAUUAGGAGAGUUGAAUCACUCAUCCUCCUCCCAUUAGUGUAGCAUUUUCCACCUAAUAAACCGUAAAAAACCACUGAUUAAGGCCUCUAUUUUCAAUGCACAAAGAUUAUUUUAACUUGAUGAACUGGAGAGAGAGUUAUCUUUGCUCGAAACAUUUCUAAAAUUAAAUGGAUACCCAAAAUCUUUAUCAACGAAUGCUGUAGAAGGGAAUGUAGCAGAGAAAGGAAGCAUUUUGGUCUGUAACAAGCUAGGCUCCAUUAACCACAACACUAAAAGCGAUGAUAUUCUGAUGAUAACAAACAAAAGAAUAAGAACUGCAUUGAUAGGAGCAUGCGCAUCAGAACUGUUAGUUCACGGCGCUUGUAUAUUCGUUGUUGUUAACAAAAUAUCUGAUAAUUCACAUUCAAAACGUAUGUGACUUGUGUUUGCAUAGACCAUCGCAUGAAAAACAUUCACUAAAAGGGACUAUAAGCAGUCACCUAUAUAGUUUUUUAUUCGGGAAACCACUAAUCAGAAGCCUUAGAUACCAAGAUGAUUUUUUCAUCACAUAAUGGGUGCCACAUCUUAUAAUAAAAAUUCUUCCACAGAAUAGGAAUAUAACAUAUGUUGCAUAAACCUUUUUUCACCACACUGAAGUGAAUUCAUUUUCCUUCAUAACAGGUCCUCUCCUUUAAAAUAUUCUUGUUUUGACGAUGAAAGGUCAGACGAAAACGUUUACCUAGUUCCCCUACAUCUCACUCCGAAAUAAAUCAAACUAGCUAAAGCCAUUUAAUCAGAGGAAAGGUAGGAUGAGAGGUAAAGUUUUUAAUCAUCACUGGUUAUGCUGUCAACUUCUGCUGUUUUAUAAAAAUCUUAAUGUAAUUCAUGUGAUAUAAAUAAUUUCUUACAUGUGAACUUAAGCUUAGUACUCAGCGAAAGGAAUUUGUUUCGGAUCACUGUCUAUAUAUAUAUCUAUAUAUAUUUCUUUGACUGAUUAAUUGGUGGAACAGACUUAUUUGAAUGUGCUAUUUAUCAUUAAAUGAUACUGGUCCAAAAUCAGUGGAAAGGAAAGUGCAUUAAAAAGGUCCUAAUUCUUCUACAUAGAUCAUUUUCAUGUUUCUACUUUCAUUCCGUUUACAUCCAACUUAAGCUCUUUAAUACUAGCUUUCAACAGGUACCUUUCUGAAGUGACGGAAUCAAACUAAACAAUAUCCUCUAAAUUUUUCCUGUAAACCACAGAAUGACAAAAUUUUGCAAGUGAAAUUCAUUCUCUGAAAUAUCAAGAAUGAAGGAAACUGGAAAAUGAUUAUAUGACUGCUACCCAACUUAAAAAUCAGAAGCUUUCGGCUUUGUUUUCGUAGAAGUUUCAGUAUGUAUUUCGCUUAAUCGUUUCAAGAUAUGCCAAAGCAACUAUCAAGUAGCUGGUGACUUUUGCCCAUCUUUAAAUCCUCCUCUUCAUGAAUAGAACCAUAUUUUUUGGUGAAUUAAACCUCUAUUUAGUCAAUACAUGUCACAUUCAAGUUUGCUUUCAUUCGUCAAUGGAGUGACACACAAGACGAAUUUGAAGUAACCGACCGUCCAUCUUUGCUUUCUCAUCUUUCAAAACAACUGACCAUUGCAGGUAUUGGGAUUUAAUUCGAAUAGAAGUUAAAAAAUAUGUAACAUUGAAUAUUUGGCAUCCAUUCUAACACUAUGUUUCUUUUUCUUCAGUACUGUGCUUCAUCAUCGCAUUGGUUGUCAAUGACGCAAAUCCUGGGUACUUAGGAUGGUUAUUAGCUGCUCUGUGGGUGACAUUCUUAUGCUUGCUUAUUGCAGUCAUUAUAUGGGUCACAAAUACUGAUUAAUGAAAAAAAAGUGUGUAUGUAUAUACAUUUUAAUAGUUAAUCUGUAAUACUUGUAAACACCUUUCUUCUCCCGUGUACCAGAUGAAAAAAAUAUAUAACGAUUCUAUGUUUAAAAACGUGAAGAAACAAAGCACUUUUCCCAAGUUUUGGUUAAAAGUCAAUCAUACAACUCAUUUUUACUAGUUAGUUUGCUUUGUUAAAAAAGAUUAAUGUUUUGAGUUAAUAUUUGCAUAUUGUGAGAAGAAAUAUCAGCUUCUCUUUGAUUCUAUAAAUAUUUUGGACUUGUGAUUAUUAACGGUGAAUAUCACAUUUUUUCACUGUUUUAACGAAAU